AUGACUUUGAGAACUAAAAAAGAACGCAUUUCGUGGGCAUAUUGGCCUUCAACAGGAAAGAACAGAACGGAAAAGGAAAUAUGCAAAAACAUUGAUCACAUAAGACAGUCAUGGCGUUCUUUUUAUUUUGUUAAGGUUAUUGUUGGCGACGCCGGUGAGCGGCGUCGUCUCUUAUGGAAUGCUUUUAUUUUGGCCUAUGGAAGGAGCUGUUAUUUUUCUUUUUCAUAUACAGGUGUGAGCGAUGCAGAAAUGAAAAUUAUACUUUCCGAGCAUAACAAAUACCGCAAGGAUGUAAACCCGCCUGCAACAGAUAUGCUGAUGAUGACAUGGGACGCUGAGGUCGCGCUGGUGGCUCAGGCCUGGGCAGAGACCUGCUCGUUUGGCCACGAUGAAACUCAAAACAGAAAUAUUCCAGGGCGUUUAUCUGCUGGACAGAAUUUCGGGAAGGGAUACAAGACCUGGGAAGCCGCUAUUAAAGCUUGGAAUGACGAGGUAAAGGAUUUCACAUACAAUGGGAAAAACGCUUUUCACAAGGUUGGACACUACACACAGUUGGUAUGGGCGACGUCGAGUAAAAUAGGAUGCGGUAUGGCGGAUUGCGGAGGAACUAACUUUCAUGUCUGUAAUUAUUCACCGGCAGGAAAUUUUGAUAUCAACAAACCGUACACAUCGGGAAAGAAUUGCGGUGCAUGCCAAGCCAAGUGCAAUAACAAACUUUGUGAUUGCGGAAAAAAGGUUUGUGAGAAUGGCGGAGUCCUUGAUACAAACACGUGCAAUUGCAAGUGUAAACAAUCUUUUCAUAUUGGAGAUAUUUGUCAACUUGAUUGUCGGAACGUUACAGAACCUUACCAGUGCGGAACCGGUUCCUAUGACGCAAAUGGAUGUGUGACUUACAGCACAACCGUUCCAUUCGACUGUCCGAAAACGUGUCAUGUUUGUCCGACUGGUGGAUAUAACUACACCGAGGGCACAUAUGUGUUCGGAAACAAUGGCGGAAUGCUGAACACUUCAAGCUACCAACUUCACCUCGCUGCAUUAUUUGUGCUUGGACUCUAUCUUAGAAAAUACAGUCUACAAUUCUAAUUUAAAUGGAUUUUAUUUUUCAUUUAAAAACAAACAACAACAAUAAUUUUGUUUAAUUAAUUGAUCGGACUUUUGUCAUUUUUAAAUUCAUUUCACAUUGUUUCUUACUUUAAGUAUUCAUUUUAAACCCUAAACCCGCUAAAGAUCUUAAUGGACUCGUCAAUUUUUCAUUCUUGACAAGGCCAUUCAUCAUUUUCAGGGAUAUUUCAAAUAUAUACUGACGAAAUAGCGAACAGUGCAGGCCAGGAUCAGGCGGGACUAGGGGUUAAAUCAGUGCAUGAAUUAAACAGUUAAACAGAGCAAAUAGCCGAGUAAAAUAUUGUCAAGUGUAGAAACAAAAGUGUUUAUAAUUAUAGUGACACGUGUUACAAUAUGCAAUAUGAAUAUAUUUCUUACAAAAUAAAUUAAUGAAUCAACACCCGGCUCUAUGGGCCUAUAAAUCACCUUAAAAAUUAAA